AUGGAGGCCUUAAAGACACUUCUCAUCGCCAAUCGGGGCGAGAUCGCUGUGCGAGUGCUGAAGACUGCAAAGAAGCUUAACAUUCGGACUAUUGCCGUUUAUACCGAGCCAGAUGCCGCAUCAACCCACGUUCAUCUAGCAGACGAGGCAAUUCUUCUCUCUGGGCCACCGUCCAAAGCAUAUAUUGAUGGGGAUCAAAUUAUCGAUAUUGCGAAGCGAAAGGGAGCAGACGCUAUCAUCCCAGGUUAUGGCUUCCUCUCCGAGAACUCAAAUUUCGCUAGAGACGUCGCCAGCGCCGGGUUGGCCUUCGUUGGUCCAUCCCCAGAAAGCAUCGAGGCAUUCGGGCUUAAGCACACAGCGCGAGAACUUGCGACAAAAGCCGGUGUACCUAUUGUUCCCGGUUCGCAAGGGCUGGUUACAAGUGAAGACGAAGCUGUGAAAAUCGCUCAAAGUCUCGGAUUUCCUGUCAUGCUUAAGGCCACCGCUGGCGGUGGCGGAAUGGGAUUACUUACCUGCAACACCGAGAAGGAAGUACGGGAAUCGUUUCAGACUGUACAAUCCAGGGGUGAAGCUCUCUUCAAGAACGCUGGACUCUUCAUCGAGCGUUACUAUCCGUCUAGCCAUCACAUUGAGGUCCAAGUUUUUGGAAAUGGGCAAGGUAAGGCUAUUUCCAUUGGGGAAAGAGAGUGCUCCAUCCAAAGGAGACACCAGAAAGUGAUUGAAGAAUGUCCAAGCCCCUUUGUAACCAGGAAUCCGGAGCUCAGGAAAGGCCUGUGCGACGCCGCUGUCCGCCUCGCUGAAUCAAUUGACUAUGGCUCCGCUGGAACAAUUGAGUAUCUCGUGGAUGACGAAUCGGGGAAGUUUUUCUUCUUGGAGAUGAACACACGUCUUCAAGUUGAGCAUGGAAUUACCGAGCUAUGCUACGGCGUUGAUUUGGUGGAACUCAUGCUUCGACAAGCGGAUGCCCAGUUGUCAGGCAGAAAAGGUCUCGAAGCAGAGUUUCUCUCGAGCAUUCCGGUAGGCGCUCCACAAGGGUUUGCCAUUGAGGCUCGAGUGUAUGCGGAGAACCCAGUCAGGGACUUUGCUCCUUGCCCUGGGAUACUCCAGGACGUGGAUUGGAAGGAAACCACAGGAUCAAGAAUUGAUACGUGGGUGUACAGGGGAAUCAAAGUGUCCGCGAACUACGAUCCUCUUCUUGCAAAGGUCAUGUAUCAUGCAUCGAGCAGGCAAAAAGCGAUUGAGGGACUGAGAGACAUCCUAACUGGGUCACGGAUCUGUGGCCCUCCAACUAACCUCGGGUUUCUGGCUGAAAUCCUUGCCAACAAGGACUUUAACGCUGGAAACACCUUGACUAAGUUCUUGAAUAAUUUCGAAUACAAUCUAGCUGCUAUUGAUGUCAUCUCCGGUGGCGCUUAUACGCUGAUUCAAGACUGGCCCGGUCGUCCAACAGUAGGCCGAGGCUUCUGUCACUCCGGGCCGAUGGAUUCUGUUGCGUUCCGCAUUGCGAAUGCUCUGGUGGGCAACCCAGUCGGUCUUGAGGGCUUAGAGAUCACGCUGAGCGGGCCAGAGCUACGUUUCCUUGGACCAGCGGUAAUCUCACUUUGCGGUGCACCGAUUGAUGCCAAACUGGAUGAAGCUCCUGUACCCAUGUGGUCUAGGGUAAAGGUAUCGGCAGGCCAACGCUUGAAGAUAGGGAAGACCACGGGUGGCGGUUGCAGGGCUUACCUUGCCGUCCUCGGUGGAUUCCCCAAUAUAGCUGAGUGGUUUGGCUCCAAAGCGACUGCGCCCAUGGUCGGUGUCGGAGGUUACCAGGGUCGACAGCUUACAUCUGGAGAUUAUCUAACUAUCUCCGCCCAAAUCCCUGAGUCGGAUAAUGAAUUAAGUUUACCGGAGCAUCUUAUCCCGCAGUAUCCUGACAGCUGGGAACUUAUGUCGAUGCCGGGACCGUAUGAUGAAGGAUAUCUCGCGCCCGAGAGUAUAGACAUGCUCUACAACGCAGAAUGGACUAUUUCGCACAACGCUGCAAGGGGUGGGAUUCGUCUGCUUGGUCCUAAGCCCACCUGGGCUCGGCCGGAUGGAGGAGAGGGCGGUGCACACCCUUCUAACCUAAUCGAGUGUGGAUACGCCAUUGGAUCAAUCAACUGGACAGGUGACGACCCGGUGAUUUUCCCGCAAGAUGCACCAGAUCUUGGUGGCUUUGUUAGCAGUCAUACAAUUGUCAAAGCAGACCUGUGGAAACUAGGACAGGUCAAAGCUGGAGACAAAUUGAAAUUCAGAGCUACGUCAUUGAAAGAUACUCUACUGGCGCGCAAUGAGCUGGAGAGAUUUAUAUCUGACAUUGUGCAAUGCUGUCAGAAGGGGGAAGACUUCGGUAGUAUAACUCCUCUAGCCUCUUCUUUGCCUCCAGCCAUGUCCUCGUCAACACGGGUCUCUGGCAUCGUGCAUCAAAUUCCAGAGAAAGGGAACCAGCCGCUUGUUUCCUACCGACAGGCCGGUGAUGACUACCUUCUGAUUGACUACGGCGUUGGUGCCUUUGAUCUGAACCACCGCUACAGAGUCACCGCGCUGAAAAAAGUGCUCAGCGAGGCAGCAGGCGAUAUCUCAGUAUCAAACGGCUUGAUAAACUUGGUCGGCUGUGGAAAUUAUCUCCCAAAAGCCCUAAUGAUUUACUACGACGGCACCAAGAUACCGCAACAAAAGCUAAUCGACUACCUCUGCACUAUCGAGACUCAACUCGGCGACCUCAGCCGUGCAAAGGUACCCAGCCGCCGUUUCAAACUUCCAUUAACCUUUGAAAGCAAGCGACAGACCGACGCAAUCAAACGGUACAUGGAGACCCAACGCCCCUACGCCUCCUAUCUCCCAGACAACAUCGAUUUUGUCGCGCGCAACAACGCCUUUACCCGUGCCGAGCUUGAGAACAUCUACCUUACCGCCAGUUUCAUGGUCAUCACCGUCGGCUUCUUCACAGCCCUUCCGAUCGCUCUUCCCGUCGAUCCGCGCCAGCGCAUGAACUGCCCCAAGAUGAACCCCUCCCGCGUCUUCACACCAGCCGGACAAGUCUCGUGGGGCGGCAGCUGCCUGGCCAUCUACACCGUUGACUCUCCAGGUGGGUAUCAAAUGAAUGGAAUGACCAUCCCCGGCGUUGAUAUUCUCGGCACGAAACGGGGUUAUGCGCCAGAGAAACCGUGGCUUUUUGAAGACUUCGAUCAGAUCACGUUUUACAAAGUCACCGAGGAGGAGUAUGAAAGACAGCUUGCGUUGUUCCAGAGCGGAAGGUAUGAAUAUGAGUGGGAGGUGGUUGAGUUUGAUAUGGCCGAGCAUAACCGGCUUCUUAAGGAGACGAAGGAGGAGGUUAAGGCAAUUCGCGCGCGGCAGCGAAAGGCGCAGGCUGAGAUGGAUUUGCUGGAGAAGGAAUUACUUGAACGGUGGGCCAAGGAGAAGGCUGAACGGGGAGUCUCAAUGGAUACAGUUGAGGAACUGUUGAAAGACCCCGAAAUCACCGUAAUUGAAGCGCCCCUCAACGCGAACGUUUGGAAAGUUGAAGUGAAAGAAGGCGACAAACUAGACAAAGACCAGGUGGUCGUGAUCCUGGAAGCAAUGAAGCUCGAGAUUGCAGUGCGGGCGGAGUCUGCUGCGGCCGGCGCUGUUGUUGAGAAGAUCCUGGCCCAGCCAGGAAAGUCUAUUGAGGCUGGAAAGCCUCUGAUGCUGGUCCGGAGGGGCUAG